CCUCAAAAACCCAUUGCUCUGUUUCUUCACUUUUCUUUGCUCUGUUUCUGUGUCUCAUAUUACUCAAAAGAAACCCAACAAUGAAGCCCUCCACAGAAUCAAACAACACAAUCAUCAUCGACAUUGGUUCCUCCAUCAGAAGCCCAUCAUUCGUGGAAAAAGACCAACAACUCAACAUUCCCUUGCUCCUCCGACAACCAUCUUAUGCCACCCACGAACUGCAAAACCUACGCACAACCCUUCAAUGUUGUGCUCUCGACCACUCUUCCUUCCUCACAAAACUCGUUUCCUAUGUUGUCUUCGUGUUCCUCACCAUCACUGUCCCUCUCUUCACUUCUCUCUUUGUUCACAUCCCGGCUUCCCAACUCGACCCCUUUAGCUUCAACAAGCUCCUCCAACUACCACAAUCAGCCCUCGCCAUUUUCGCCUUCUUCACCCUCUCCCGUUUCUUCCCAAGUUAUGGGCUCAGACAGCUUCUGUUCCUAGACGUGUUACAAGAUGACUCCAUCAAUGUCCGACGUGGGUACACGCGCCACAUUCAGAAAGCAUUCAGAUACUUAGCGUGCAUGGUGUUACCUUCGUUCAUCGUGGAACUUGUUCACAAAAUCAUCUUCUUUUCCAGGGUGGAAAUUUCUGUUCCAUGUGGGACCCUCCUGAACUGGGUUGUGUUUGUUUUGGUAUUGCUUUCCUGGGUCUACAGAACGGGGUUGUUCUUGUUGGCGUGUGUGAUUUUCAGGCUUACCUGCGAGCUUCAGAUACUGAGGUUUGAAGGACUGCACAAACUCUUUGAAGGGCGUGAAUCUGAUGCAAACACGAUAUUCAGAGAGCAUGUCAGAAUCAGGAGACAAUUGUGGAUAACAAGCCAUAGAUACAGGUUCUUUAUAAUAAGCUGUUUGGUCACAAUCACGGUUAGUCAAUUGACCUCUCUCUUGCUGGUUUUGGAAUCCAAAUCUGACACCACCUUCUUCAAUUCUGGUGACCUUGUGAUUUGUUCUGCUGUGCAGUUGUGUGGAUUUGUCUUGUGCUUGACUGGUGCUGCGAGAAUCACACAUAGGGCUCAAGGGAUAGUGUCAAUUGCAGCAAAGUGGCACAUGGUGAUGACCAAUGCAUCUGCUGAAUCAGACCAGUGCAAAGGCGAAACGUCAGAGGUGUCACCUAGUCCUUCUGCUACUGAUUCUGAAUCAUCGGAAAUACAUAUAUCAGUAACCCCACAACCUUGUUCUUUCCAUACCAGACAAGCUUUAGUAACAUAUUUGCACCACAACUGUGGAGGGAUAACACUGUUUGGGUUUGUACUUGAUCGAGGAUUGCUUCAUACUCUGUUUGGAUUCGAGCUAUCUAUGGUGCUUUGGAUUCUGAGUAUGGUGGUUGUUUAGUGUUAGAAUAAAGAGCAGAAAAUGCCUUCCUUUACAAGAAUGUGUAUAACUCUAUAUAGCUUGUGUUCUUUU